AUGAAACCAUUCCAAGGGGAGCCAGAGAGAGGGUCUAUUGAAAGAGUGUUUAAUUAUCUUCUUUCAAGAGGACGUAGAGUGGUGGAGAAUGCUUUCGGAAUCGCAAGCUCGGUCUUUAGAGUUUUAAGAAAACCUAUGUUACUGUCACCUGAUAAAGCUAGAAAAGUGGUUUUAGCUAUUAUACAUUUACACAACUUUUUGAGAAAAAAAUCCAGUUCCCAAUACAAGCCACAUGGAUCUUUAGACAUGGAGACUGAUACUGAAAUAAUACUUGGAAGUUGGAGAAAUGACAGUGAAUCUUCAUCAUUACUUCCUAUCACUAAUUUACCACGUAGAAGUGGAAAUGACGCUAAAGAAAUACGCUUACAUCUUGCAAAACAUUUCGUUACUAAUGGAGAAAUACCAUGGCAAAAUAUUUGA